GAAUUAAGCGACGGGGCCUGGCGAAGAUUUGAAAUCUCCCUUUCGCGAGGAAAAUGGCUCUUAACAAGGAGUCUAUGGAUUCCCAUUUUUCGUUUGUUCCAAAAGUUGUAAACGGCGGUAUCGCUGGGAUCGUUGGUGUAACCUGCGUUUUUCCAAUUGAUCUGGUUAAGACGAGAAUGCAAAACCAACAAGAUGGCAAGAAGUUAUACAAAAAUGUUUUGGACUGUGCUGCAAAAACAUAUCGUGCAGAAGGAUUUUUUGGCAUGUACAGAGGAAGUAGUGUCAAUCUUCUUUUAAUUACACCAGAAAAAGCGAUUAAAUUAGUCGGCAAUGAUUUUUUUCGUUAUCAUUUAAAACCUGAGGGCAAACCUUUAACUCCAAUUCGUGAAAUGUUUGCUGGAGCUGGUGCAGGAACUUGUCAAAUUAUUAUCACUACACCAAUGGAAUUAUUGAAAAUUCAAUUACAAGAUGCUGGUCGAACAUCAAUUCCUGUAACUAAUAGCAGUGGUACAGUAGUAGCGACACGACAGACUGCUACUCAAUUGGCCAUUAAAUUGGUUCGUGAAAAAGGAAUAUUUGGUUUAUAUCGUGGAAUGGGUGCUACAUUUUUACGUGAUGUUUCAUUUUCUAUGAUAUAUUUUCCAUUAUUUGCAAAUUUUAACGCUUUAGGUCCAAGAAGAUCUCCAAAUAGUGUAGAGGCUGUUUUCUAUUGGUCAUUUCUAUCAGGAUUUUUAUCAGGAACAAUAGCUGCAUUCACUGUGACCCCGUUCGACGUUGUUAAGACUCGACUACAAACAAUUAAACAUAUUGAAGGAGAGAAAGUAUUCAAAGGAAUAACAGAUUGUUUUGUACAAACAUUACGUAAUGAAGGUGUUCAUGGUCUAUUUAAAGGGGCUGGUUGUCGUGUUAUGGUUAUGGCACCAUUGUUUGGUAUAGCACAAACUGUGUAUUACCUUGGUGUUGCUGAACGAAUUUUAGGUUAUCCAAGAUAUUAAAACAAAAAUAAAUGGAAUAUAUACACACACAAUCAUUCAUUUUCAAUUCAUAAAAAUGAAAUGAUGCUUUGAUGCCCUGCCACCAAAUGUAUUCAUUCAUAUUUACUUCUAUUUUUUCACAGUGGAUAGGGGAACAGUAAGGAAAUAGUAAGUUACACAAUGCUUUCUUUCUCUUUUUUUUCUUUCCGGCAAUAAAUCAUUAUUAUUUUCUAUACAAUUUUGUGAUAAGUAAUUUGUAUUGCUUUACCAAUAGAUAAUAAACCAUUAUGAUGUGUUUACUUCGGUUGAAUUCCAUAUUGAUAUUGUGUUUCCUUCUUUCAAUCCCUUUUUCAAUUAUUUUAUUAUUACCCCUCCUCUUGUUUUCAGAUACCAAAAGUGUACUCUUUGCUCCAAUUAACACGGGCGUUUUAUUAUUAAGUUAUAACUGUGAUUUUCUAUUUAGUUCAUCUUUGUAUAAUUAAAUUUCCUUAUACCUUGUCCGUAUACAUUCUAUGGACACACACGCACACACCUUGAUUAUACAUAUAUACUGAAUAUUGGUGAUAAAAAGUGAACGAAUCUUUGUUAUAUUUCCUCUUAAUCCUCUGAAAAAAUCUCUAGGCCACAUCCAUCUUUGUUUAUUAUUUAAUAAAAGCGGUUGUUUUUCAUUGUACAUAUGUCCUGAUUAAUUAAUGUAUCUAUUAUAUCAAUUUAUUACAUUAUCAUAUCUGACUAUGUAACUAGUUAUUAUCAUGUUAAUUAUUACCUUUAUUGUUUCGAUUAUAAAACAUUUUCCCCACUUUUUUUCAUGUCUUUCUUCUCCCCCCUCUCCCUCUCUCACUCUCUGUCUCUCUUUCUUCAAGAUUAUAUUUUUAUAAAAUUUGACUGAGUUUCACCUUUUUAUUCUAUUUAUUUGUUAUUAUCAUUAUUCCGAAUAAAUUAUAUGUUUCCAUGUUUGUUCGUUUUGUAUAUCGGUGUUUAAUGUUUGUUUCAUUGGAUUUUCUAUUCACCUGAUAACUAAACAACUUUGAUAAUGGAUAAUUGAUUAAUAUUUUGUAGAUCAAAGUAUUCUUUUGAUGUGUAAAGUUGCUAGAGUUGGUCGAUCUUAAAAAAAGUUAAGCUAAAAACGCAAUAUAUCAUGUUGCUCAUUUGUUACUGUUGUAAGUUAAUAGUGUUGAAUAUAUUGACUAGAUAGUUGUAAAUACGAUAACCGGAUUUUAGAAGGAUAAAUGUUAUGCGGUUAUUGAUAGUCGGGAGAAAUCCGUGGAACUAGGUUUCUUGUUAGUUAGCGCUCGUCAACGAGAUAUGUGUGCAAUAUUGAGGGAAAUAAUUUCUAUGUGAUUCAAACCCAAAUCGUGCAUCCCUUCAAUCUGGAAUAUUAUCACUGAGCUAUUGAAGUUACGACUGAUCUGUUACAACCUGAUUGAUAGAAUUCAAUCAUCGCUAAGUAUACUUAGCGCUAGUCUAUAGACUAGGCAAACAUGAAAUUAACUGCUUAUUCACUGAUUAUUAUUAUGUUGAAAAUUCCUCAGCUUUUAUAUCUCUGUCCACUGCCACAGUUAUAAUAUUUUGUUGUCAGUGUUCGACGGUAAUCGCGAGGAAGCUCUGAAUUUAAGUUUAAUUCUAGUUGCUUUCGUCAACAGGAGAUAUCUGUAGUCUUUCAGGGGAUUGAUACUUCAUGUUAGAUUUGAGCCUGUAUCGUUCAGUAUUACAGUCAUAAAUGAUACCAAUGAGAUAAUUGGGUAACCACUAACUCUCUGCAGUACUGAGAUCAUUCUUGAUCAAGGACUAUCCAGUUACAGAUCAGUCAGUUUUAGUGUGUUUACAACAAAUUCUAAUGGAAAAAAGGAAGGUUUACUUUACUAAUGUAUUUUAUCAUAAAAUAUAUUUCGAGCGUUUAUUUUUUAUUUAAGUCUGAUAAAGUGAACAUGCAUUUUUAUGAAACAUUAGAUUGUUCAGUUACUUUAACCCUAUCUGGUUCGAUUCGACCUUGAACAUAACAUUAUUUGGAUAGUAUUGUGGUGCGUGCUACUUAUAUCGAUGUAAGUAGUAUAUCAUGCGAGUUAGAAACGCAAUGUAUGGCAGCAGAAGAUGGUGGAAGAUCAAGAAAGGGAGAGCGACAACACAAUGCACUUUGUUAGGAAACGCAUGCACAAUGAAAUGUGAGACAAUGGGUUGGUGUUUGCAAUAAGAACAGUCCAAGUUGAUAUGAUGGAUUGAUAUUUUGCAAAUUAACGAUUUACUAUAUGGUUUUUUCUAUUUUACCAAGUAACUCUGUAAUUUUGUGCUGAAUACAAUUCGGUUGUCCUCAC